AACUCCCCUCGAGCGUAGUGCAUUUUCAAAUAAUUUGACAUUGAUGAUGGCUAAAGGAACGAAAUAAAAUAAUUUUCGUUACGUAUUUUCCUACAGAGGAAAAAUGGACGACUAUGCACCAAGCCGUUAUAAGUUAAUAAAACGGAUCGGUGAAGGUGUUCAUGGUGUUGUAAUUAGAGCGAUUGAUUUAACAACCAACAAAGAUGUGGCUAUCAAGAAAAUAGCGUUACGGACUAGGCACGGUGAUUUAUCAAUUAAUGCCAUUCGGGAAAUAAAAGUGUUGCAGUAUUGUGAUCACAGAAAUAUUCUAUCACUGCUAGACAUAUUUCCGGAUGCGUCAGGGAUGGGGCUAGUGUUUGAAUACAUGCCGUGCACUCUGCAUACGAAAAUUAAGGACCCAGUUCAUCGACUGAGUCGUUCAAGUAUUCGUUCGUACAUGAAAAUGUUGCUAGAAGGACUGAGUUACAUGCACAGUCUUGGUAUCCUACAUCGAGACAUUAAGCCUGCCAAUCUUUUGAUUAACUGUAAUAAUCAAUUGAAGAUUGCUGAUUUUGGACUAUCCCGAGUAUUUGACGAGACUAACGCUGACAAGUGUUAUUCCCCUCAGGUAGCAAGCAGGUGGUACCGAGCUCCAGAAUUGCUAUGGGGUAGCUCAAAGUACGGUCCUGGCAUUGACACAUGGGCAGCUGGAUGUGUAUUUGCGGAAAUGCUGCGAUCCAUUCCCCUGUUUAAGGGUAGAACUGAUAUCGAACAACUAGCCAUUGUAAUACAAACGCUAGGCUCACCGACAAUUCAUUCUUGGCCGGAAGUGACGACACUUCCUGACUAUAACAAAAUUAGCUUUCCACCAACUAAACGUAAAAAAUGGGAAUCCUUAUUUCCGACAUGUACUAAAAAGGAUGAAAUUGGCCUAGUGGACAGUCUGAUUAGAUAUGAUCCCAAGAAGAGGUUGUCAGCCAAAGAGGCACUGAGUCACAUCUAUUUUAUUUAGUUGAAACAAACGAACUACAAAAACACAGCCAAUGCAUUUCAAUAAGUACCUAAGUGUCCCUCGUAAAGAAGAAAAAAAUAUUUUGAAAUAUUUGAUGGUAUAAAUUGUGAACGAAUAUUUUUUAGAAAAGAUUAAUUGUUUAUAAAAAUAAAUUGCUUUUACGAUUCUAAGUGAUAA